UAACAAUGGCGCUAAGAAGAGUGUUUACAAAUUUACCAAUUUCGAUUUAUGUGCAUUCGUCGUUAUUUUGGCUUAUCUUAUCGAUUGUAAGUCCAGGCACUGCAUCAUCAGAACCUAACGAAUGUUUACUAUCUUCACACUGUUAUGACCUUAGCAGGGAAAAUGUCAGAGUUAUUCAACCCAAAAGACCGACUGCCACUCUUUGUUUCCAGGGUGUAGAAAGGAGCUACCUCUAUAUAUUAGCAAACCCAGUGCUGCACAUCUCUCGGUCCCCAGGGGAGAUCAAUGAAAGCAGCUACUUCCAUGUAGUGUAUGGAACAUCACCUGACGAUGCUGAUAAACGAAGUCACAAGACUGGCAUCAACAUGCUCACGAGCAUGUUAUCCUCUUUACGUUCCAUACAACAAGCAGAAGACCUUGCCUUCUUACCCUUCAAUACAAGUUGCUACAAAAUAGACACCAAUGUCGAAUAUACAGCCAGGCUCAACUUUAAGGUGAUUGAGAUCGUCUACAUUGCCUACAUGGUAGCGGGGGUGUUCAUUUUCCUGUGGGCUAAGACUUGGAGCCACAACACCACGAUGCAUUAUGGGACGGGUGUUCUGGUGGGCGUCCUGGCCUCGGUACUGAUCCUAAUGCUGGUCCUAGCCAAGUUUGUACCCUCGCGACUGAAGAGCCUAAUAUACAUUUUUCUGUUCUUGGGAACCUCCGCCAGCCUUUUUGUCCUCCAAUCAUUUAAAAAAUUAGUCACAGAAUCGUCAACAGACUAUUUCCUUGAGUACUGGCAGUACUUCCUCGGCUACAUUGUGAUAUCGGGCCUCGUGAGCUUCGCCAUCGUAUAUCGGUAUGGUCCAGUGGAAGACAAGCGGUCGCUGUCGUUGAUACAGUGGCUUCUCCAGGGGGUGGGGCUAGGACUGGUGUUUUACAGCACACAGGUCACAGAGGUCUCUGUAGCGUUGGUCUUGCUGCUUCUAGUCAUCUAUAACUUUCCUGUAGCGGUCUUCAGGAGCCAGAGGAUGAAAAAUAUUCGGUUUAAAUUAUUCCGCCCGAAGGUCAAGCUACUGACAGAGGAGGAGUAUCAUCUACAGGCAAACGAGUCGACGAAAAUGGAGCUGGAAAAACUGCGGGAAUACUGUCGGAGUCCUGAUUGUAAAGCCUGGAAAGUCAUCAGCAAACUUAAAAAUCCACAUAGGUUUGCGGAGUUUGUCGAAGGUGACCAAUGGCACGUAACUAACGACGAACUUCUGGAGUACGACUCGGGUCCUGACCUGCCCCCUCCACACAUGAUCACUGACGAUGAGGAAGAAGACGAGAUGGAUUUCCAGCUGAAUUCUCCAUGACUGGACAAUACUUGGUGAAUUGUUCAUGAGGGGUGCAUGGUUCAUGAACUUGAGGAAUCGUUCAGGACUGGUGAAUGGUUCCCGAAUUUAGAAAAAUGUUCAGGAACUUGUUCAAUCUUUCAUUAUAGCAUUGAAGCGUUCAUGCCAAUUAUUAAUCGUUCAUGACAGCAAUGAAGCCUUCAUGACAGUGGUGAAUUGUUCAUGACAGUUAUAAAGCGCUCAUGACAGUUAUGAAGGGCUCAUGACAACAGUUAUGAAGCAUUCAUGACAGUUAUGAAGCUUUCAUGACUGUGGUGAAUGAUUAAAAAAACUUAGUGAAUGAUUCAAAACACUUGGUGAAUUAUUCAAAACACUUGGUGAAUCGUUCAAAACACUUAGUGAAUUGUUCUAAACACUUGAUGAAUCAUCCAAAACACUUGGUGGUUGUUUAAAACACUUGGUAAAUUGUUCAAUACACAUGGUGAAUUGUUCAUGAUAGAUAUGUCCAGGCCCUAAUUUCUAGAUGUCUUUGGAUUUUUAAACAAAAGCCUUAUAAAAAGCUUGAGUGAACAUUUUGAAACAGUAAACAAAUCAAUUAAGCAUUAAAUGUCUUAACACACAUUUAAAUUAAUGUUAUUAUCUACAAGUAAUGCACACAUUUUAUAGUCUUUUUUUUUAAAUAAGACAAGACUUUUCAAGAAACUGGGCUCAGGAAUUUUUCCAGAAAGCCAUUUUCUGCAUAUUACAUAUCAGGUAUUUGAGCCUUGCUGUGGGAAAAUGGGGCUUUAUGCAUAUGCUUAACAUGUCAUCCCAGAUUAGCCGGUGCAGUAUGCAGGGACGACUUUUUCUACCUAAACUGGAUUUUAGCUAAGAAGAGACCUUUAAGCGAAAAAUACCAUCAAAGCGGAAAGUGUCAUCCCUUAUUAGAAUGUGGAGACUGCGCAGGCUUAUCUGGGAGGUCAUGGUUUGCAUAUCCAUUAAACCAGUGUUCCCUUAGCGAGACUUAUAUAUAUUUCAAAGUCUAAUGUCCUGUUUUUGCCAGAGGUGCUGUUUGUGCCAGAGCAAAUGCCAUCAAGAUGUUUUUUUCAAAAUAUUGUGAAAGAUAUGAGCUCCGCUAUAGGAAAAUGGGGAUUAAUGCAUGUGUGUAAAGUGUUGUCCCAGAUUAGCCUGUGCAGUCAGGGAGGACAAUUUCUCCUAAUUUUGAUUUUUCGAUAAGAAGAGACUUUCUUUUAGCAAAAAAUACCAUAUAAGGAGAAAGUGUUGUCCCUAUUAGCUCAUGUUGUCCCUGAUUAGCUCGUGUUGUCCCUGAUUAGCUCGUGUUGUCCCUGAUUAGCUUGUGCACACAUGCAUUAAGCCCUGUUUUCCCAAAGUGUUGUCCCUGAUAAGCUCAUGCACACAUGCAUUAAGCCCUGUAAAAUACCAUAUAAGGAGAAAGUGUUGUCCCUGAUUAGCUCAUGUUGUCCCUGAUUAGCUCGUGCACACAUGCAUUUAGCCCUGUUUUCCCAGAGCAUGGCUUAUAUGUAUUGCACAGUCUGCUGUCCUGUUUUUGCCAGAGGUGCUGUUUGUGCCAGAGCAAGUGCCAUCAAGAUGUUUCUUUCAAAAUGUUGUAUAUAUAUGUACAUAAUUAACACGAAUAAUGCUCAGUUAUUUGAAUGGUUGGAUCAGUUGUCAUUAACAUGAAAAUAAAUGGAGGGUCAAUUUGGAAACAUUUGCUUUGGAUUAAUAUUGGAUUAACAACUGAAUUGGUCCACAAAGGAGUCUGACUACUAUAGAUGUAAAUUAAGUAAGCAAUAAAGAGUGGCCUCUUUUAAUGAUUAUAAUUUUUAUUUUUGUUAUUUAUAAAAUACAAAUGGACUGUGCUCUGUGAAAAAUGGGUUUAAUGCAUUAAACUCCUUUUUCACAGAGCACAGCUCGAAUAAAACCUGCUCAAACUGGUGUUGGUGAUAGCCUCAAAUAUUUUAUUAAAAUGAUGUUGCCAUUUGAUCUUUCCCGACUGUUUUUGUUAGGAAACAGUUACAUUUAUUUUCCUUAUUGUUUAGAAGUCUUCGAGUCUAUUUCAAUUUUAAACAAAGUCUUUACAAAGACACUAAAUGUGUGUGUUUGCUUUAAGGACAACAUGUACUGAUCUGAUGAAAAUACAUUUCAUUUUUUAAUGAAACAAAUUAUUAUUGACCAAUAAUUUUAUGUUGGAAUGUAAAGUAUGUGAAUCAUUUAUCCUUUUCACAUCAGUGCAGACUUACAAUAAUAGCUUUAUAUUUGUAACCUUAUUGUGUGAGACAUUUGCAAGCCCAUAGUAUGUGUAUUAUAUUGUAUAACAUGAAUUUUUAUGAAACAUAAAACUUCAUUUCCACUUUUUUAACAUUUCUUUAAAGAAACCUGUUUUAGUAAAGCAAUAACAUUACAUUAAAACUUAAUGUAUGCAAAUCAUUGAUCUUGCUGAAAUCAGCUAAGACUUAGGAUAAAAGCUGUAUAUUUGAUGCUCUUUUGAUAUUGGAAAACCUUGUAAAAGCUUAUAAUAUUGUUUUAUAUGAUUUUUUUUAUGAAACAGAAAACUUCAAACAAUGGUAACACUAUCUGUAACAUUAAAAAAAUGUGUACAUCUUUUUUAAAAGCUUACUGGUUACUCAGUUUGUUGGUUUGUUAAGAAAAAGUCUUUGCCAUUUUUUGCCCCCGAAGGAGAGCAUUAUAGUGAUCGCACUGUCCGUCCGUACGUACGUCUGUCUGUCCGUCACACUUUGUGUUUAGGUUUCAAAAUUUGUGUUUAGGUUUGGAAAAAUGCUCAUAACUUCUAUCAAAGCGUUUCUCAGGGGCAUAUGUCAUCCUACGUAGACAGCUCUUGUUUUAAAACAGUAUUUCAUUCAUAUCAUAGCUUUUAGUUUAUCAACUAACACAAAUCAGGACUGCAUAGUUGAGUUGGUCAAGCGCUCAACUACAAAGCUUUCGGAUGUAAUGUAAAAGACAGUGUGUUCCAGUCGGCAACAUUAAUAGACAGCAUAUAAUGCUUACAAUAUGUUUAUGUUUAUUUUAUAAACAUUAUAUAUAUUAUGUAUAUGUAUAUUGUGAACAUGUAUAUGUAUAUAUGUAUGUGUAUAUAUGUAUGUAUGUGUAUAUGUAUGUGUGUAUAUGUAUGUAUGUGUUUAUGUAUAUAUGUGUAUGUGUGUAUAUUUGUGUAUGUGUGUAUGUAUAUAUAUUUGUAUUUUUGUAUUUACUUCCGUUAUGAUCGACAGAAGAAAACGCUAUUUAAAGUUGUCUUAAUAAUCUUUUACUGAAGAAGGCCUUUGGCCGAAAUAUUUAAUAAAAGAGUAAAUGGUUGAAGUUUUAAUAAUUUCCUCCCUCUGGAGAUCCAAUACAUAGAGUACAAAGCUUUAGAUCACAAGUUGGAUCUUGGACCUGGCUAAAUACCUUGUGUGGGGCUUUGUUAUGAAAUGCUUAUCGAAAUGCUCUCCCAACCUCUUAAACAAGUAUGGCAGUUGGCAGUUACUGGCAAAAUAUGUUCACUUAGGACUGGUAAACCAGCUAAAAGAGGAAAGUUUGAGUUGGUAUCCUCCCGCAGUGAUAAGACCGAAAUACUGUUGAAAACGGAAAAAAACAAACUAAUUGAGCCAACAAACUAAACCAUCUUACAUUUAAAUGGAUAAGCUGGUUUUCAAGUGCAAACUUAACAUGUUAUAGAAGCUGACAGCAGCCCUUCUUGAAUCAGAGGUUAGGGCAGUCUCAGAUUACCCAUUAGGAAGAGUUGGCAACUGCCUAUGGGCACCACGACUUUAAGGGGCCCCAUGAGACAUUGACGAAAGCAUUUUGUACUUACUUAGCCUAAUAGAAUGAUUUGACAAAGCCAAUUAUUUUAAAUCAAUCUUAUGUUCCGAUAAAAGCCAUUGUCACAUUUAUGUCUUGCCAGACUUGGCACUGGUAGGCUAAUUUAACCCUUAACCACUUAGAUACAUAUAUUGACGCAUUUGUAGUCCUUUAGAAAGUGACAUUUAAUUAAAUACCUUUUUACCAAAUUCAAGUUUUAAAGGCUUCAUUUCCAACCCUAAGUUACUGUUGAGCAGCAAACUGUUGCAAAAGCCAUUUUCACUUUGCUGCUUAUGGGGGAAAGGGUUAAACGAGUGGCAUCAACUAGGCACUGGCACUGUAGUAAGCACUAGGCCGACAAAGGGCCUGGGGUGUGGGCCGCAAAAGUUUCACUGCCUAUGGGCUUCCAUGGCGCUAAUCAAGCUCUGGGUAUGGAGACUAUGUACAUAAUAAGGAUUUCAUGACCAAUUCUGACAAAAGUUAAUUGGCCAGACGGGGGAUCCAACUCACGUUGAUCGGUUCCUGUAGCAUUAGAGUCAUGAAUAUCUGUAUAUUUCUUGUAUAUUUUGCACAUUUCUUGUAUAUAGUGUUAGUAUUUAUUCUUAAUUAAACAGGAGAGCAUGUCAAACAUAACAUGCCAAAGUUAUGAGAUCUUGUAUUGUCAUCAGUAUUACAUAUAUCAAUUGUAUUUUUCUUGUUUUCAGACAUUCUAGUUAAUUACCAAAAUCUAUUGGAAUUUUAUGUUUAUUUUCCAAAAUGAAUGGAAGUCAAGGUAGGUGUUCCAAAAUCAAUAGACAUUAAAUGUGAAUGUUCCAAAUUUUUUGAAAAUCCAUGUAAAAGCUCCAAAACCUAUAGAAACACUAUACCUAAUGAAAAAUACCUAUAAAUCGUUGGUUAUAUAAACAAAAGAUACUGCUGCUUUUUUAUGGGUCCAAAUUAAGGCAUACCGCAAGUCCUACCAUCUUUCUGUCCUACUUUUUGUUUAAGCAAAUUACAAAAAUAAUCAUUUGUAAACAUAAAAUAAACGCAGAUUUGUUAGGUUUGUUUGAAUAUCGAUUUUAAUUCACUUGUGAUUAUAGUUUUUUUUUAAUUUUCACUAUUGACUUAAAAUCGAUAUUGAAGUUAAAUCAAUAUUACCAGACAAAAUCUAGCGUUGGAAUUUUGGCUUUUGCUAUAAGGAACACUGAUCUGUUAUGUGUUAGCUGUAUUUACGAAAUAUUCGUUGAUUUUGAGUGUCUAUGGGGCUUUGUAUUAAACUGAUUGUAAUGAAAUUCAAACAUCGAUAGAGAACAGUGAAAUUUCAUUUUUUUCAAUACAUGUAAUCUUUAUAUAUAUUCAAUAUAUAUUGUCUAUUUUGUCCGUGAUGAAGGUUUAAAUUAAACAUUUGGGUCAAACAAAACUUCGCAAUCAUUCGUCACAAUGACAGCACUUGUUUGAUCAGAUUUUCAAAGAAAAUUCUUCUCUCCGCUGUGUUAGUUGUAAAACAUGACUUCCUUGACCUCUUAAUUAUUACUUUCAUGGCUCAUGUUUUCAUUAAUCUCAUGUCGAAACAUCAGUUUCAUGUUUUUAAUAAAACGUACCAUUACCAA